AUGGACUCGGACAUCGAGGACGACGAGGACUUUGCGCCACGCCGGGCGGCCACCCUGCCCGCGGAAGCCCCUCCCGCAGCGGCUGAGACGGUGCAAAGCGCCGGCGCCGCCGACCCAUCCGGCAGCAAUGCGUUCCAAAUACUGAUGGCGCCGCCGCAGCGUGGCCGCGCUGCCGCUAGCCUCGACAGCGUCGAGGGCGAGAGCGUGCCGCCGGCUGAGGCGUCUGGGAGCGCGCCUCAACCCGCCGACGCAAAGCGCAGCCGGCGCAAGCGGGCCUCGCCCGAGUCGCAAGCGGCGGGCGGCGCCGGUGCGGCUGUGGGCGCGGGCGAUGCCCCCGACGGCGGCGGCGAGGAGGCUGAGAGCAGCUCCGGCGCGGCGGAUGCGACGGUGGCGCCAAGGGCUGGCCGACCGACCAGGGCGUCGACCAGGGCGUCGGCCGGGCGGGGCGCGGGCGACUUCUUCCUCACAAAGGCGCAGCGACGCGAAAAGGCGGAGCGCGAGAAGGCUGAGGCGGAGGCGGCGGAUCGUCUCGCAAAGGCCGAGGCGGAGGAGGCGGCCAAGCGCAAGGCGGCGGCGGCGGCGGCGGCGGCGGCCAAAGCUGCCGCCGAGGCGGAGGCUCGGCGCGCGGCAGAGCGGGCGGCGGCGCAUGAGCGGUGGCUCGCCGAGCAGAAGCGCGCGCGCCAGGACCUCGCCAAGGUCAACGAGGGGCGCUCGGUGGCCUCCAUCUUUUGCGCCCCGUCGGAGCGGCGCACGCCGCAGGCCGAAGACGAGGCCGCAAACGACCUGGCGGCGCAGCGCCCUCUCGACGUCGAUGACGUCGCCGUCCACCUUGCGCCGGCGCGGCAGGGGAGCUGCAAGGGCGCUGCGCCGGGCUCUGCCCCAGCCGCCGCGCAGCCGCUCCCUCCCUCGUAUGAGGAUUGGCCGUGGGGCGCCGCCCCCGCCGCCUCGGACGCCGCCGCCGCCCCCGGCUCCGACCCCGUGGCAUCGGGCGCUGCUCCGCUGUCGCGGCGUGCGGGUGUGGCGCGGCACGCUCCGCAGCCUCCGCCCGCCCACCCUUCGCCCCACGCGACGCUUUGCUUGUCAGAGCCAGACGCGGGCCUGGCGGCCGCGUCCCUCCGCCGGGCCGCAGCUGGCGCUGUGGACGGGGUCGCCGCAGCUGUGGAGGGGGUAGCCGGCGGCGGUGCGCUUGAGGCGGAGAGCGCGGCGGGGGCUGGGGCGGAGGCCACGGCGCCGUGGGACGGCUUGCUGAAGCGCAAGGCGGACGGGGCGCAAGCCGACGGCGACGCGAGCCUCUGGUGCGAGGCGUUCCGGCCGACUAAGUCGUCUGAGGUCUGCGGCAACUCGGGCGCGGUCGCGCAGCUGCGCACGUGGCUGCGCAAGUGGGUCGACUCGGCGGACGGGCGUGGCGCGCCGCAGCGGGCGGCUCGCGCCGCAGCGUGCCGCCGCCGCCGCCGGCCAAAGGACGACUCGGAUUCGGACUGGUGCAGCGACGCCGAGGGCGAGAGUGAGGGCGAGAGCCACGGCGAGGCGAGCCUGAUGGUGCUCGAGGGGCCGAGCGGCGCCGGAAAGAGCGCCGCCGUGUAUGCGUGCGCUGCGGAGCUCGGCAUGCAGGUCAUCGAGGUGAAUCCGUCGAGCGUCCGGUCGGGCCGGCUCGUCCUCUCCAAGUUUGCAGAGGCGACGCAGUCGCGCGAGCUCUCCACGUGGUCGGGCGCGACAUCGGCCACGGGGGACGCUGCACCCUUGCUGGGGGGCAGCGGCGGCGGCGACCGCAAGCCGAAGCCGAAGUCGCAGAAGGGGGGCGCCGCUGCGCAGCCGCCGGCCAAGGGCGGUGCCGCUGCCAAGGGUGGGAUCGGAGCCUUCUUUGCGAAGAAGGGUCCGGCCGCGGCACCGGCUGCCCCGGCGGCUGCCGCGGCGGAGCCUCUGCUGGGGAGGCAGAAGAAGAAGAAGAAGGCCGACGCCGAGGGGAAGCGGGGCGAGGCGGCCGCGCAGGCGCGGUGCGGCGAGGGUGUUGUGACGCUCGUCCUCUUCGAGGAGGUAGACGUGGUCUUCGAGGACGACGCCGGCUUCUACGCCGCACUGCGCCGGCUCGCGCGCGAGAGCAAGUGCCCGAUGGUUGCGACAUGCAACGAGCUCUCGGCCGAGCUCGAGGCGCUGCUGGGCAGCUCGCCGCGCCUCCGGUGGGAGCGGCCGUCGUCGGCCCAGCUGCUGCCCCUCGCCGCCGCCCUCUGCCUGCGGGGCGCGCCCCCGGCGGCCCCGGCGGCCGAGGUGCCGCCGAGCAGCAGCAGGAGCUUGCUGGAGCUGGUCGAUCACUUUGGCGGCGACGUCCGGCGCACGGUGACCACGCUGCAGUGCUGGGCCGACGACGCCGGCGCGCCGCGCGUCGAGCGCGUUCUCGGGCUCGAGUCUGCGUGUUGCGGCGCGCCGCUCGCCGACGCCGUGCUGCGCGCGACGGCGUUGCGCGUCGCUGCGCAGCGCGAGGGCGGCGGCGGCGAUGCGGAGGGCGACGCGGCGGGAUCGCUGGCGGCGUCUCUGCUUCAGCUGCAGGUCGGGGCGUUGGUCGGAUGCGUCGAGCUGCUCGGCCGCUCGCCGCUGCUCGAGCACCCUCUGCGUCUCCUCGACGCGGCCCUUGGCGGAGUGCUGCUCGCAGCGGAGGGCGCGGCCCCGGUGGCGGUCGCGGUGGCGGAGGGCGCGGCCACGGUGGCGGUGGCGCCCCUCGUCAACGAGCUCUGCUUCGGCGAGGUGCGGCCGGCAGGACUGCAGCCCGGAGCAUCGGAGCCGGAGGCGGGCGGCGCGGAGGCGGGCCGAGAGGAGGCGGGGCCGGAGGAGGAGGACGAAGAGGCGGCCAUGGCCAGACGCGUCGUCGAGGGCAGCGUGAUCGACGGCGACGCGCCGCCAGAGGUGAUGGAGGUCGACAGCUCGGAGGUCUCUUCUUCGCCUGGGGUCGCCACGGCCAGCAGUCCGUCGGCACGGGCCGUGGAGGCGGACGGCGGCGUCGCCGCCGCCUCCCCGAGCGACGGCGAGCGGCCUGCGACACCCGGCGCGUCGGGGCUCCCUGAGCCGCCUUCGGAGGAGCCGCCCUCGGAGGAGCCCGCCGCUGACGUGCCAUCGGUGGACGAGGAGGCGGCGGGGGAGGAGGCGCCUCGGGAGGCCUUUUGGGUGAGUGAGCCGCCGGAGGGCGCCGCGGAGCCGCUGCUGCGCUGCACGCUGGACGCGACCGCUGACAUGUACGACAUGCUCUCGCUCGCUUCGCCCCGCUCCCCCGCGGCUGCAGCCGUCGCAGAGAGCGGAGAGACGAGUUGGUGGGGCGGCGCCGACGCGGCGCCGGCCGCCACACAGCUCGACGCCGACUUGCGCGCCACGCUGCAGCUGCUCACCGUGUCUGCAGCAUUCGCUACGGUCGCUGCCGCCCGCGCAGCCGACGGUUCGCCGCCGCCGCCGCCGCCGCCGCCGCUGGGCAGCGUCGACCUGCUCGGCGUCAACCACUACUACCGCUCUCUCGUCUCCUGGGGGGUCGCGUCCGAGUCGGACGCGCCGCCGAGCCCGUCGGACCUCUUCCUCAAGCUGCCUCUCGGGCUCAUGUACGAGCCCAAUGAGUACCAGCCCUGCAACUCGACAGCAUGCACCGCGGCGGCACCCGACGUGCUCGUGUUCCUGCACAACACGAGCUUCGCGACGGGCGGCUUCAACGAGCAGACGGUCUUCCGGAUCGUCCUCAACGACACGCGGCACGUUUACCUGCUCAACAGGCAGUCUACGGUGGAGGUCUCCGGCACGAACUUCUCGUUCCGGAACCCGCCAAAAUUCAUGCGCUGGGCAGAGCAGUCAACGCGCGACGCGCAGCACGAGACCGACGCGCUGAUCGACUCGCUCGUCUACCACCAAAACACGCCAGCCCACACGGCGACGCGGCUCAUACAGAAGCUGGUCACGUCCAACCCGUCGCCGCGGUACGUCAAGCGCGUCGCAGACGCAUUCCACACCGGCACGUGCGCCGGCCACGUGUACUCCGGCUCGUAUGGCGACCUGGGCGCGACGGUCGCGUGCGCCCUCCUCGACCGCGAGGCACGGUCGAUGAUGCUGGACGCCUCUCCGACACACGGCCACCUGCGCGAGCCCUUCCUGCAAGUGAUGAACGUGCUGCGUUCGCUCGAGUUCGUCUCGAAGGACGGUCGGCAGGUGCAGCUCCUUGGCCUGGACGAUUUCGGGCAGCAGCCCUUCAACCCGCCUUCCGUCUUCAACUUCUACUCGCCCGAGUAUCGCGCGCCUGGUGCUGUCGCGCAGUCACGGCAGCUGUCACCGGAGGCGGAGGUGACCGCACAGGGCGACUACUACAUCGCGAAGUUCAACGGCCUCUUCUCGCUUGUCGAGUACGGGCUCUCCGGGUGCAAGGGCGGCUUUGGCAUCCCCUCCAUUACGCGGUCGUGCGACAAGUACAAGGGUUCAGCAUAUGCGGUCGACCACGCAGGGCAGCUCACGUGGCGCCCGAGCUCCACGCACGGCCCCGAUGUGGUCGACGAGCUCGCCCUGCUGCUCACGGGGGGCAGGCUGGGAGCGAACACUCGCGCGGUGGUCCUCAGCGCUUACGAGGAGGAGGUGUCGGCGAGGGGGCACACAUCUGCGCUCAAGCUGGCUGAGAAGCUCGUGCUCGCCUCCGCCGAUUUCCACGCUACCAACGCCAACGCCCUGCCACCGCUCCCCCCGUCGCCCCCGUCGCCCCCGUCGCUACCGCCAUCAGACCCGCCCCCGCGGCUCCCACCCCGCUUGCCGCCAACAACACCGCCCUCGCCACCACCGUCCUCGCCGCCAACAACACCGCCAACAUCGCCUGCACCGCUUCUUCCACCCUCUUGGAGCAUAUACGGGGAGGCAUCGGGCGACCAAUGCUUGAAUUUUGAGAUGCACUGGAUCGCGAAAAUCAGUGUCGACGAGUGCUCUCGCACGUGCGCGUUGUAUAAUGGGAAAUUCUACCCAUACUUCGAGCAUGCAACCAAUGGAGACAACAAUUGUAGAUGCUACAGCACUUGCACGCUGAAAGGCUCCGCCAGCUGGGGUCUGAUGGUCUAUCAGCAAGCGACACCGCCGCCCUCACAGUUUGUCAAAUCGGAUAUUGGCGCUCAAGACGAUGUAGCGCAAGGAUGCCCAGAUGGCUACGAGCGGAUCACCUCCUCCGAAGAGUGCGAAGCAGCUGCCGGCGCCUUACAACUUCUGAGAGCCGUUGGCGACUAUGAGGGCGAUUGGACCGACUGGCCUCAGGCGUGCUGGAUACAUCCCACUUUUAACACAGUCUACUUCAACCUGAACCUGGACGAAGAUGAAAUUGACUGUUCGUCCUCGUCCAAGAGACAUUGCAGAGGGGCCAGCACCAUCUGCAAGCGCACGCAACCGUCACCCCCUCCAUUAAGCCCAUUGCCCCCGGACGCCCCUCCCUUCCCCCCGGCCGCACCUCCCCCCAGCUGGCCGCCCGCCAGCCCGCCGCCCGCCAGCCCGCCGCCCGCAUCGCCUCUCGGCGGCGACGAUUACAAGGCGGUCAUCGUGAUCGAACUCUUCGGCGGCCUCGACACGUUCAACAUGCUCAUGCCGCACUCUCUCUGCGACGCGGCCGCCGGAGGUUACGACGAGUACCUCCAGGCGCGCGGGGGGCUGUUCACCGGAGCGGAAGGCAGCGGCGUCGGGCUCAGGCAGGACGCCCUCCAACAGAUCGCCGCAAACGCGAGCGCGAAGCGGCAGCCGUGCGACGUGAUGGGACUGCACCCGAAGCUGGUGAAGACAAAGGCAAUGUACGAGAGCGGAGACGCCGCGGCAUACGCCAACGUCGGCGCGCUCGUCGAGCACCUUACGCCCGACGAGUUCUUCGGCCGCAUGGAAACGAAAAGGGACGUUCCCAACGCGCUCUUCUCGCACAACAAACAGCAGGACUUCAGUCAGACGCUCUCAAACAAUCAGUUUGAGCCGGGCAUACUCGGGAAGGUGAUGAGCGCGCUCGACACCCCGGCGUGCGACGCGCGGGGUAACGCGAGCGCCGGCAGCGGACUCACGUCGUACAAGACCGGGUUGUACGCCAUGUCUGGUGCCGUGCCGCGAGCAAUGACAGGAGGGCCCAGCCUCGCGCUCGCCAUCGACUCGAGGCGAGGCGACAUCCGCCGGCUUUCGGAGUACGAGCAGCUCUGGCACCACAUCGAGGACCUGACGGCCGCGCCCUCGCGCUCGGUCUUCGCCGAGACGCACUCGCGCGUGAUGGGACAGGCGAUCCAGGACGCGGAGACACUCGGCGAUGCGAUUGACGCGGCAACAACGACGACAACCUUCAACGACUGCUGUGAUGUUGGCGGGGGUUGCGGCUGUACAUUUGCAAAGGCGCUGCACACAGUCGCGCGCGUCAUCAAGGCGCGCAGCGCGACGGGCGUGCAGCGCGCGGCCUUCUGGAUGGGGACGAGGGGUGUCGACGCGCACGCGUCGAUGGACUCUCCGGGCGACGGCAUAAUGUCGAUGAUCGACAGCUCGGUCGACGACUUCCGGAAGGAGAUGGUGGCGCAGGGGUUGUGGGACAAGGUGACCGUCAUCACCCUCUCCGAGUUCGGAAGGACGAUCAUCGGUAACGGGCGGGGGACAACGCACGCGUGGGGCGGGAACCAUCUGAUGUACGGCGGUGCGGUUAACGGCGGCCGGAUCCUAGGGCAGUACCCGUCGAGGCUCGGCCCCGAAGGCGAGCGCACACGCAACGACCGCGGCACGAUCAUCCCGACCGAGCCGUGGGAGAGCAUGUGGCAGCCGAUCGCGCAGUGGAUGGGGGUCGCGCCGUGCGACCUGCCAAAAGUGAUGCCACACCUGCGCAACUUCCCGGUCGCGGGAGAGGGGCGAGUGCUGAGGGCGGAAGAUGUGUAUGAGGCGGGAGCAGUGUAG